GUCUCCACAAAAUUGUAGCAUUAAUGACAUUACAGUUAAAAGUCAGCACAUGAUAUUAGCAGGAAUGAGAUGGAGACAAUCUUGACACCAAGCAGGUUAUUAUACUUACUGGUACUGCGGGAGGUUUGGUGUGAACUUGUCAAGUCUGAAUUGUCACCGCUCAGUACAUUGCGAUUGAGAUGCAGGGCAGCGUGACCUUCAAAUGCCUACUACAUUUUGGACUCGCAAACAGCGCCUCCUUACAAGACAUGUUUGGAGCACCCUUAGACUUGGUAGAUCAGCAAGAUGAACAAAAAACCAACGCCUCUGGCGUCAGCCAAGUACAACCCCGGAAAUGCAUCCGCUACUUGGUGAACCUUAAAGCCACCUACUGGAUGAACGAAAACGAGAGAGAUUGGCUCGUUCGUGGUACGCGUAUUUUCACCUUCUUCCCAUUCCUCCCACCAAGGCACAAUCAAUGUCCAUGGGCCCAUCUGCUAGAAAGCCGACGCGAUCCUGAUGGAUGA